CACUUCCAAAUGGUGAUGUGUUCGUUGUCCUUUUCAACACUAAAUGUCUUCAAAAGAAAAUUAAUGGUAUCUGAGGUCAUCCAUCUUUCGCUCUCAGAAAACCCUCUGAUACGAAACUUGUAAGGUUUUCUAAUCACAUAGUCAAAGUGCAACAGAAUAUCAGAGCCAUCGGUUGGAGGCUUCUCAUGAUCCAAUGACAGUUACCACAUAUCAUAAUAUUAUUUUUUGUAGCUAGUUGUUGGUUGCUGCAUCUAUGUCAAGGUAGAGCCAGAGGAGUUCAUAUUCUUCCUAGCAGUAAAAGUCGACCAUAGAAUCUCAAUAGCAUUACUUUACAAACACAAACCAACAUUUUCAUCAAAAUCUAUCCCUUAAACAUCAGUGUGAUGAUAAAAUCAAGGGAGGGAAAUCAUCACAGCUUGGUCAGAUAAAGCAGCUACUUAGAAUGGAUGAGAACUCAACUUAGCCUUUUGAUGUAGGAAGAAAGAAACAAACUGCUGCGUGAAAAACAGGUUGUUUCAUGUUAUUUUAUCAAAGAAUUAACUUCAAAGUUGACGAAAAUAAACAGAAGCCAUAUGAGGUAGUUAUGAUAUGAGAAUCAAUACCUGCUUGCGCCUCUGCUACUACAUGGUACCCCACAAAAUAUCUUCUUUUCUUUUCAUCCCUACACCAAUAUAUUCAUAUCUAGUAUAGUGAAUUCCCUUUUACUGGGAGGCUAUAAAAAAACCAUCUUUCCAAUAAAUUUGAGCUGUUUGAUUGGAUGAUCCAAGCCUUUAUAUCCAUGACCCAUAUGGGGAACCCUCAUGUGGCACACAUCUACCAAACUUGUCCUUAGAAUAUCUUACAAAUCCUGACUUUUUGGAGUUUCUGAUAUCUGGCUUGGCUCCCCAUGCCACCAUGUCAGUGUUCCAUUUGAUAUGUGGCUUCUGGGGGCUCUUGUCUGUGAGCUUUUGUACUGGUGUGGGGUGUGCUUCAUGCUGUCCCUAUCAGCUGUUUCAGCAGGGUAAUAGAAGGUUUGAACAGAAAACCGAUAGGUUUUGGAAGUUCAGUGAAGAAGCUGAUAGAUGGGUUGAAGUGCAACUGCCCUGUGAUCUGAUAUCUGGUGGUGAUAGUGAGUGUGGUAAGGUGAACACAAGGGAAGAAAGCGUGGAUCAAGAACAGGGAUUUGAUGACAAAAAGAUGAGACUAGACAGAAAAGAUGAUAAUGUAGGAGUUGUUGGGCCCUUGGAUGUGGUUCUUAUGCCUCUGAGAAUGAGAGUUUCACUGACCAAAAUGUCUGAGACAUCUGUGUGGAUCACUGGUGAAAGUGGGUCUAUCUAUGAGAGGUUUUGGAAUGGAUUGGAAUGGGUGAUGGCCCCUCAUGACUUGCCAAUAUCAGCAGGACGUGCAGUGGCAGUUUUUAUCAUCGGUCAGAUGAUUCUUGCUUUAUCUGAAUCAGGAACUCUGUAUCAGAUGCAGUUUCAACUUGGUGAAGUUUCACAACCAGUUUGGGUUGAAUUCUCACCUGCACUUGGUCAAAUUACAGAUAAUGAACAGGAGAGAAAUACUUUGACAUUGAUGAAGUCUGGUGUGGUGUCAGAUGAUGGACAAAGAUGUUAUUUCUGCACAAAGAAUGGAACUCUUGUAGAACUUGAUGUGGUCGAGUCUCCAAGAUGGACAAAUCAUGGCCAACCAGCUGGAGCAAAUGUUGCAGCAAUAGCUGCUGUUGCUUCUGCACGAGAAGCUGUAUACACCAUAAGUUCUGCGGGAGAUCUUUUUGAGUAUAAUCGAAAAUCAAAACCGUCGUGGAGGAAGCACAUAUGGCAAGAAAAAACAGCAAAAGUUUCACCUUUGAUUCCGUCUAAAGGGUGCAUUUUAAAUGGAUUAAGUGGUGAUCAUUCUGAAUCUCUGUUUCUUUUAACCAAGGUACUGUUAAUGAAAUUAUUUUAUGAACAUAUCUUCCAUUAUCAGAAUAUGAGUGUAAUAGUAAUCAGGAAGAUAUCGGUGAAUUAG